AAUGAUAGUUAGGUCAGUCCAUCAUCCAAGUGUCCUGGAAAGUCCAUACAAAAUCUAAAUUCCCUACCCUUCAACCAAUCUCCUUCCUCUCAAAUGGCAUCCAAAAUCGCCGCCGUCGUCGCCUACCCCUCCAAGCACCCAGAAACCGGCGAACCACUGAAGUUCGACAUGACCUACUACCUCUCCACGCACAUGCCCCUGAUCGAGAAAACCUGGCGUCCGUACGGCCUCCGCUCCUGGUCGAUCACCGAGUUCCAGAAUCCGUGUCCGUUGACCGGAGAAACGCCUCCGUAUCUGGUUCAGACGACGUGCUACUUCGACACGGUUGAGGAGCUGAAGACGGCGCUGGAGAAAGGGGCUGAGACGACGAAGCCCGACGUUGAGAAGUUCUCGAGUGUCUUUCCGCGUAUUUGGGUUGGAGAGCGUGGGGAAAGGAGUAAAGAGUAGAAGGGUAGUGGAGAGAGUGCGAAGAGUGGAGGAGAAGCAUUAUCGAAGAAAGAGCGGUGUAAUUCUCUUCGAGCGCUUUGUGGAUUAGCUAGCUUCCGCAGCUCACUUCACAGCUUCACUUUCACCACCACUUUGAUUAUUUCCGCUGCCAAAACAUUUCGCGACGUAGAGGGUAUCUCAUAUUCCAUACCAGAGAGUUGAUGUGAUAGGUGAUUUAAGCUGGUGAUGCAUGGGUAGACGCAUUGCUAUCCCACAUCAUCACUCUACUAUUCUGCGCC